GUUGAUGUAGAACUGUUUUCUUGUCGACAUCAAUCUUCUUUAUUUUAUAGCCACACGGAGACGAGAGGAGCCGCUAUGAUUUUAACAGCGAGUGGAUUCUUUGUCUUCCUUCUCUGUAUGCCAGCGGUUCAGGGUCAGCGUGGCUGGGGAGUGGCUUACUCUUCUACUAAGAUCUGUGCAGUGAAAGGAUCAACAGUGGAAAUAAGCUGCAGCUACAGAUACCCAUCUAGAAUAAAUGGCCAUGAAAACACAGUACAGAAAACCUUCUGGUUUACUCAGAAGAAAAAUGGUGAACUUGUAGAUCUGUUAACAGACUCAGAGUAUGCAGGUCGUGUAGAGGAUCUCUGUGAAAACAACAGAUGCACUCUGAGAAUCAAAAACCUGAGAGAGAGCGACUCAGCUGAGUACAAGUUCAGGCUCAAAACGAACCAACCAGAUGUGCGUUUUGCUGCUUCACCAGGAGUCACUUUGUCUGUCACAGAUCCAGAUCUACUGGUCAAGGUCAUGGAAACAAUGAUCCACCAGAGUAUUUCCAAAGCAAAGCUUCAGUGUCACAGCAGAUGUCUUUUACCUCAUGACCCUUCCUACAUCUGGUUCAAGAACGGACAGAAAAUUCGUGCAGAAACAUCUUCUUUUUCAGUCUAUUUUGAUUCAGCUGACAGCUAUUCCUGCGCUCUUAAAGGACAUGAGAAUUUCCCGUCUCCUUCACAGUGUGUCUAUGGUCAAAACUGCAACAAAGUGAUUCACACUGACCGGAGCAUCUGUGCCUUCAAAGGAUCAUCAGAGGACAUUUCCUGCAUGUACAGUAGUUAUGAAUCUAUCACUGAUGGAUUCUGGUUCAGUCCUGAGCGUUAUCAUCAGUGGCAGAAUCCCUCAGAACCUGAGGACCUUAGUGAAGACUCCCAGUAUGCAGGUCGUGCUCAGAUCCUUGAAACAGAGAGAGGACGCUCCACUCUGAGGAUCUCUGACCUGAGAGACUCAGAUUCAGCUCAGUAUCUCUUCAAAUUCAAAACACGAAACUUUGAAUGGAGAAGUGAUUUACCUGGUACAACUCUGACUGUCACAGAUCCAGAUCUGAAGGUGCAGGUGAAAACAGCUUCAUGGUCUGAGCUCCAGUGUUACACCAGUUGUCGCCUGCCACAUGGUUCUUCCUACAUCUGGUAUGAGAAUGGGCUGAAAAUUGCAAUACGAGCUGAUUCUGCAUAUUCAGGCCACUUUGGUUCUGCAUCCAGCUACUGCUGCGCUGUGCAAGGACAUGAGGAUUUCCCCUCUCCUCCAGUGUGUGUCAGAGGUCAAACCUGUAACAGAGUAAUUUACACUGAGAGAAGCAUCUGCGCCUUAAAAGGAUCAUCAGUGGACAUUUCCUGCACGUACAGCAGCUUUGAAGACGAUGUUAAAUCAAAGUUCUGGUUCAUUCCUGAGCGUAGUCAUCAGGGACAGAAUCCCUCUCAACCUGAGGACCUUAGUGAAGACUCCCAGUAUGCAGGUCGUGUUCAGAUCCUUGAAACAGAGAGAGGACGCUCCACUCUGAGGAUCUCUGACCUGAGAGACUCAGAUUCAGCUCAGUAUCUCUUCAAAUUCAAAACACCAAGCUUUGAAUGGAGGAGUGAUUUACCUGGAACAACUCUGACUGUCACAGCUCUGCAGGUGCAGGUGAUCAGAUCAACAGUCCACCAGUCAUACACCUAUGCAGAGCUGAAGUGUCACAGCGGCUGCAGUCCAGCUGGUGUUUCCUACGUCUGGUUCAAGAACAACGAGAAAAUCAUCAAAGAGGAAAGAUCUUUAUAUGAAGACCAGUUUUAUCCUGGAGACAUCAUCUCUUGUGCUUUGAAAGGACACGAGAAUUACAGCUCUCCUUUGCUAUAUGCUCUGAAGUUUCCUGUUGUGUCAGUAAGUCCUUCUGCUGAGAUAGAGGAGGGCAGUUCAGUGACUCUGACCUGUAGCAGUGAUGCUAACCCAGCAGCUAACUACACCUGGUACAAGGAGAAUGGAAAUCAGAAACUUCCUCCUCUCACUACAGAACCAAAGCUUUUCUUCAGCUCCAUCCAGGUUUCUGACUCUGGACAGUAUUUCUGUGCAGCUGAGAACGAGCUGGGGAAACGGACAUCUGAAAUGAACUCUAUUGAUGUGAAAUAUGCUCCAAAGCUCCCCUCUGUGUCAGUGAAUGUUCUGUGUGAGUAA